AUGGGCUUGCGCGGGAAAUAUCUACACUGGGCUGUGACGGCUGCAAGCUGUCAGGCCUUUCUUCUUCUGGGCUAUGAUCAAGGAGUCAUGAGCGGCCUUAUCGGCGCCAAUAACCAGUUCGGCCAGACUUUUAAUAACCCCGACAGUACGAUGCAGGGGCUUCUCACUUCAAUCUACGAUAUCGGGUGCGCGGUCGGGUGUCUUCUCAGUCUUGUCAUCGGCCACCGAUUCGGUCGUCGCAAGAUGAUCAUCGCCGGCGGCUCGAUUAUGAUCAUAGGAACAAUCAUCCUUGGCAGCUCUUAUUCCGUGGCCCAAUUCCUCGUCGGCCGAAUCGUCACCGGCAUCGGCAAUGGUAUCAACAGUAGCACUGUCCCCGCCUAUCAGUCCGAGCUGGCUCGACCCGAAGCGCGUGGCAUGUUGCUCUCUGCACAGGGCACGGUGACUAUCCUCGGUCUCUGCAUUGCGUAUUGGCUGGAUUAUGGACUGAGUUUCGUGGAUACACCAGUCCAGUGGCGCUUCCCGAUCAGCUUCCAGGCCUUCUUUGCUGUAUGUCUGGUCUUGCAGAUGAUUCCAUUGCCUGACUCGCCACGCUGGCUCUGCGAACAAGAUCGCAGUGAUGAAGCGGGCUCUGUUUUGGCUCGUCUUCAGUUAAAGCAGCCGGCGACUGAGUCGAAUCCUGAAGUUGUUCAACUCCGUCGCCAGAUUGAAACCUCUAUUGAGAUUGAAUCUGCUGGCGGUCCAUUCAAAUAUAAAGAAUUGUGGUCUGGUGGCUCGAUGGGUAACCUCCGUCGCAUGAUCUUGGCUGCUGUUGUUAACAUUCAACAACAAUUCACUGGCUCUAAUAUGAUUAAUUAUUAUGCCCCCGUUGUCUACCAGAAUGCCAUGCACCUGUCUCGCAACCUUUCUUUAGUCCUAGGAGGCUGCACCUCCCUCGCAUACCUCGUCGGCUCCAUCAUCCCACUAUGGAGCAUGGACAAGUUCGGCCGACGAGUAUCUCUCAUGGUAUCUGCUGCUGGCCUUUGCUUCUGCUUCGUGAUGACCUCGAUUCUACUCUCGAUCGGCACUGCCAAAUGUGCAUAUGCCGCUACCGUUUUCGUGUUCAUAUUCCAACUCUUCCUGGGUAUUGGCUAUCUCCCAGUCCCAUGGUUCUAUCCUUCUGAGAUUUCGACAACACGCAUUCGAGCACGCGCACAAGCAUUUGGUGGAUUUGUGAAUUGGAUUUGUGUUUUUAUUGUUGUUCAAAUCACGCCAACUGCUAUUGAUAACAUUGGCUGGAGGACGUUCAUCAUCUUCGCCUGCUUCUGCUUUGCUUGGAUACCCAUGGUGUUUUUCUUUUUCCCUGAGACUAAGGGCCUGGAGCUUGAAGAUGUGGAUCACCUCUUUGAGAAUGGUGGAAUCACCGGGGGUGUUUGGAAGUCUAGGGGGUACCCUGUUCACCCUGGGCAUCAUCGGGCUAUGAACGAGGAGAGAAUCGAAAAGCCUAUUCCCGAGGCUGUCCAUGUCGAGGUAUAG